AUGUUGGCUGCCUCUCGUAUCUCAGCCCUCACUUCGCAGGUCGGCAGACAAGCUGUUCGAGUUGCUGGUCAACGCCAAGCUGCCCUUACCGCAGUAAGACGUCGCGCCAAUGUAUCCGUUAGGUCUAUCCAAUCGGUAGCCCAGACUGAUAGGGAUACGAUAACUAGACUUUUGUACUCCAUUGGAACCAAGCGAGAGGUCGAGCGACACCUCCGCAUAUUUUCCUCGUCCUCGCACCCGUCGCAACCCGCCAAAUUUGCAGUCAUCAAGGUUGGAGGAGCUGUGUUGGAUCAAAUAGAUGAACUGGCCCUCAGCUUGAGCUUCUUGUAUCGUGUUGGUCUCUACCCUGUAGUACUCCACGGUGCAGGACCACAGCUGAACGGUAUCAUCGAGUCCGAAGGCGUUAUUCCGGAUUAUAUUGAUGGAAUUCGUGUCACUGAUGCGAAAACCCUGCAGAUCGCCCGUCGAGUGUUCCUUGAACAAAAUCUAAAGCUUGUCGGUGCACUCGAGAAGCUAGGCACUCGUGCCCGUCCCAUCACAUCGGGCGUAUUCACUGCCGACUAUCUCGACAAAGACAAGUACAAACUUGUCGGAAAUAUCACUCGCGUUGAUAAGCGUCCUAUUGAGGCAUCGAUCAGGGCAGGCGCAUUGCCCAUUCUGACCAGCUUGGCCGAGACACCCGACGGCCAGAUCCUCAAUGUUAACGCUGACAUUGCUGCUGGAGAACUCGCCAAGGAGCUCGAGCCGAUGAAGAUAGUCUUUUUGAAUGAGAAGGGUGGCAUGUUCCACGGCAUCACAGGCGAAAAGUUGGACGUCAUCAAUCUGGAUGAGGAGUAUGAACAGCUCAUGAAGGAACCAUGGGUCAAGUACGGCACUAAACUCAAGCUGCGUGAAUUCAAGGAGCUCCUUGACCACCUACCCCGCUCCUCGUCCGUCGCUGUCAUCUCUGCCGACAACUUGCAGAGGGAGCUGUUCACUGACAGCGGCGCUGGUACCCUUAUCCGCCGCGGUUACCGGCUCUUCAAACACAAUAGCAUCGAAAGCGUCGGCGCUGAUCGCUUCCGCCAAGUCAUUCACGAUCGUGAUCCCGAGGUACAAUCUGGCGUCUCAAGCGUCACUAGCGUCCUCAGCGACCUCCAAAAGACGCCUUACACCAUUUACGGCGAUGAGCCCCUUGACGCAGUCGCCAUUGUCACCCGCCCUGAAGGUGAAGUGCCAAUCAUGACGAAGCUUCUCGCCUCUCGCAGCGGAGUUCUUAACAAUGUCGUUGAUAACGUUUUCAACGCCAUCAAAAAAGAUCAUCGCAAGCUCUUCUGGACGUCUAAGGUCGACGAUGACAACCGCUCCUGGCACUUCGAGCGCGCUGAUGGAAGUUUCACGCGUGCUGGCAAGAGCUUGUUCUGGUACGGUGUGCAGGAUGUUGCUGAGGUACAGAAGAUUGUCAAGGAUUUCGAGGCCAAAGGCAGGCUUGAAAGGGCAUAUUUACCCGUAGGACCGUCUGCUCCCCCUCAACAUGCGGGUCCUGGCGCCACUAGGUCUUAUUCCACCCUUGCCCGUCGACAAGUACCUUCCGGCUCUCGGGGGUAUGCCACUGCCGCUACUCCGCAGCCCACAUCGACUGAGCCCAAGCGCCUCGCAUUGAUCGGAGCGCGCGGGUACACAGGACAGGCCUUGACAACCCUCCUUUCCGGCCAUCCCUACAUCGAUCUCACGCAUGUCUCGUCGCGACAGCUGGCAGGGUACCCUCUGCAGGGAUACACAAAGUCCGCAGUAACGCACACCAACUUGUCCGUUGAGGAUGUUGAGCGAAUGGAAAAGGACGGGGAAGUUGAUGCGUGGGUCAUGGCUCUCCCCAACGGCGUCUGCAAGCCAUUUGUCGAUGCGAUUGAUCGUGGCGCAAAGGAGCGCAGCUCCGGUGAAUCAAGCGUCAUUGUCGACCUGAGCGCGGACUACCGUUUCGAAUCUGGGUGGAAGUAUGGGUUGCCUGAGCUCUACGGGCGUGAUGACAUCCGAACGUCGAAGAGAAUAUCCAACCCUGGAUGCUAUGCGACCUCCACGCAACUACUUGUCGCGCCAUUGCUGAAGUACGUAAAGCACUCGUAUGCGCCUACGGUGUUUGGCAUCUCAGGGUACAGCGGUGCUGGUACGGUCGCUGGCACCAGCGACGCAGACGGCAAACCGACAACGGUGCCCAAGGUCACACCAGAGAGCCUCGCGGGCGGUAUCCGUCCAUACUCGCUCACAGACCAUAUCCAUGAGCGCGAAGCAGGCCGUCACCUAACCAGUCUGCUCGCGGAUCCCACCAACCCCAUGAAAGUCGCCUUCAUACCCUCAGUCGCGCCUUGGUUCAGCGGUAUCAUCUCGACAUUGUCCGUACCACUUAGCGAGAAGGUUACUGCACGGGAUGUCAAGGCCCUGUAUGAAGAGAAAUAUGGUGAAGAGAAGUUGGUACACGUCAAAGCGAGCGUUCCAGGAUUGUCGGAUAUCGAGAAUAAGCACGGCUGGACUGUAGGAGGUUUCCAAGUUCACAGCGAAGGCGAUCGAGCUGUUGUUGUGGGUGGCUUGGACAAUCUUCUCAAGGGCGCCGCAACCCAGUGCUUGCAGAAUUUGAACCUUGCUCUCGGCUACGACGAGUAUGCCGGGAUACCCAUUAAUUAA